AUGGGAAACUUCUCCGAUUCCUCGGCUGCUGACCGAGACCGAAUACGCGACAAUGCCGUCGCACACACCGCGGUCGAAUUUGCCCAGCAGGCCGAGAAGCUGUCGCACCAGAAGCAGCAAGACACCGACGAUUCCGCGGUCGCCGUCGAGGCGCGCUUCGUUACUCCACAAGAUCCUGUCAUCGUCACGGAAAACGGCAACAGGCUUCCCGGUGUACCACUACAAGAAGCACACAAAUUGAAUAUACUGAAAGACGAACUCAAAGACGGCCCUGCGGUAGUCAAAAUCAAGGAUGGGGAUGCGGUGCAGGAUGAAGUCGCCAACGCUGAGGAGAGUGCAGACAGACAGGAGAAGGUGAUCUCACUACCAACAGACCAGGACGGCAAAUCGAUCCAAAAAUCACAGGAGGGCUCUCUCCGCCGCCAGAUGCCGCCGUCACAUACCAAUCCCCUGUUUCCACCUCUACCGCUAUAUGGACCUCCAUCAGUAUUCCGCGACAUGCAAUGCAUGGUCUUUAGAGUGUCAGCAUUCUUUCUCAGCCUCGCAUUUCUUGGAGUUAUCGUGCUUGGCGCUCUCUUCACCAGCAUCCCGCCUUUAUGCACGAGAAUAUUCUACCGCUUAACUCUUCGAAAUCCCGACAAGAAGAGGCCUUUCUACGAGGAAGAGAUGCGCAGGAACAAGUUCCGUCAGGAUCAGGACAAGAAUUGGAAGCGCAGCAAAUCCAGCGCGAAACUCGGCAAAGACAAGGAACAUAUGGCCGAUGAGUUCAUCCCAACUGAAGGUGGACACGAUCCCAUUGUCUGCGAUGUUGGAUACUAUGCGCGACGUGUGGGAUUGGACGUUGAAGAAUUCGAGGUUCAAACCGAAGAUGGGUUCUUAAUUGAGUUGUGGCACGUCUACGAUCCAAAGGAGUACACCAGAAUGAGCGAGGACGACAGAUCCGACAGGGGACCGGACGUUUUCACUUCGAAGAAGAAACUCAAGAACCCCGACCAGAAGCGCAAGUUUCCUGUCCUGCUCAUGCAUGGUCUCCUGCAAAGUUCCGGCGCAUACUGCACCAACGACGAGAACUCCCUCGCCUUCUACCUCUGCAAGUCAGGCUACGAUGUCUGGCUUGGCAACAACCGAUGCGGCUUCAAGCCCAAGCAUGCUGUCCUGGAGUACUCUGACCCAAGAAUGUGGUGUUGGAACAUUCGCCAAAUGGGCGUCUUCGACCUCCCCGCGCUGACGUUGCGAGUUCUCUACGAGACCGGGUUCGAGAAAAUUGGGUUGAUCUGCCAUUCCCAGGGCACAACGCAGACUCUCGUCGCACUGGCGAAGGAGCAGCGGCCAGACCUGGGAGAGAAACUCACAGUCUUCUGCGCUUUGGCACCAGCUGCCUAUGCCGGCCCCUUGAUCGGAAAGAUGUAUUUCAAGUUCAUGAGGAUCAUCACACCCGGCAUGUUCCGCCUGAUGUUCGGCAUCCACGCCUUCAUCCCUUUCAUGAUGCAGAUGCAUCAGGUGCUUCAUCCCAAGGUCUACGGCUGGCUCGGCUACAAGGUGUUUUCCUUCCUCUUCGAUUGGACGGACACCAGAUGGGAUCGUGGUUUGCGAGACCGCAUGUUCCAGUUCGCACCUGUCUACGUCAGCUCGGAAUCCAUGCGCUGGUGGCUCGGAAGGGAGUGCUUCGCUCGACACAAGUGCAUACUGUCCACGAAAGAAGAUGUGCGCGCCGAAGAGAAGGAAGAUCGUAUCAACGGCAACGACGCCCACACGCUCCGGGCCGACGACGCUGACGGCGCCCUCUCCCCGAGAACCGUGGACGAGCACAUCCGCCGGCCCAAGGGAUCGACGGCAUGGUACAACGAGCAGGUCCCUCCCUUCGCCCUUUGGGUUGCCGGCAACGAUGAUCUCGUCGACGGCAAGAAGCUUCUCCGCAGAUUCGAGCGAGGCCGCGAGCCGCAUGUCCAGGUUGUUCAUAGUAAGGUCAUCCCCGAAUACGAGCAUCUGGAUGUCAUCUGGGCGAUGGAUGCUCCGACCCAAGUCUUCAAGGAGGUCCGCGAAGUGCUUUGGAAGACUUGCAACGCGCGGGACCAAUGCCGCGUUCCCAAGGGAUGCGAUAAUAUCGCGCAGUGGGUGCCGCCUGUCGGCAAGAUUGCAAAUGGGGAUGUGGAGGAGAGUCAGUCAAGCAGUGAUGACACCGAGUAG